GGAAGUUGGCGAGGAAGCAAGAAGGAGAAAGGCAAAUGGAGAGAGAGGAAGAUUAUACUAUAUUCUACUAUGUUGGUCGGAGCGAGCGAAAGGGAGCACGGUGGGAGGAUAAGGAUGGAGUGGAUGCCGGGUAUCGAUCGGUCGGGCUGAAAACUACCCUUCGAGGAAGAGGCGCAGUGUGCAAAACCGACCACGUACGAGUCGGUGGUGCUCGUGGUGCUCGCGGUCCACGCGGAUCUCUACGCUCUCUCUAACUCUUAGACUUUUUCCCACUUGCGUGUGCCUCGCACGACCGCGAUUGUCGUUCGGUAUUCCCACAAUUCGGUGGGAUUACCGGUGCGCUACGAGGCAACCGAUUGCCACGAUUUUAACGAGGGUGCUAUAAGGACGUGCCGUUUCGAUCAUUAACUCUAGAGGUUCUCUCUUCUUCUCGUGUUUCUGUCCAGAGGCAAGCCAGAAGUGUUACCACCACCAGCACCAUGGCGUUCGCGGGUUUGAAGAAACAGAUUAACAAAGCCAAUCAGUAUAUGACUGAGAAGAUGGGCGGAGCUGAAGGAACCAAGCUCGACGUCGACUUUAUGGAUAUGGAGAGGAAAACGGACGUCACGUACGAGCUGGUGGAGGAGUUACAAAUGAAAACGAAAGAGUUCCUUCAGCCAAAUCCCACAGCAAGAGCGAAGAUGGCCGCGGUCAAGGGCAUCAGCAAGCUCAGCGGUCAAGCGAAAGCCUCGACUUACCCCCAGCCAGAAGGUGUUCUCGGCGAUUGUAUGCUUACUUAUGGAAAGAAACUAGGGGAGGAUAGUAUUUUCGCUCAGGCACUCAUUGAAAUGGGCGAGGCGAUGAAGCAGAUGGCAGACGUGAAAUAUUCGUUGGACGACAACAUUAAACAAAACUUCCUGGAGCCUCUGCACCAUUUGCAGACUAAAGACCUGAAAGAAGUGAUGCAUCACCGGAAAAAACUUCAGGGACGAAGGCUGGACUUCGAUUGCAAGAGAAGACGUCAAGCGAAAGCCGGAAAAAGAUCUAGCAGUCCUCAUUUUGGAAGUCCAGCGAAAAGUUCAUCACCGUACGCUGGUUCUCACGUUUCAGACGACGAGAUUCGUCAAGCCGAGGAAAAAUUUGCUGAAAGUCUCCACCUAGCACAAUUGGGCAUGUUCAAUCUUUUGGAAAAUGACGUAGAACAAGUGGCACAGUUGGCAACAUUCAGUGAAGCUCUUCUGGAGUAUCAUCAACAGUGUACUGAAAUUCUGAGAACAUUAACAGAGACACUUUUAGAGAAAAAAGACGAAGCGGCGAAUAAACCAAAACUGGAAUUUGUACCGAAAACAUUGGCCGAUUUGCACGUCGAUGGAUUACCUACAUCGGAUGCUAUGAACGGUGGGAACUUCUCCCUCCAUGGGGCAAGUCGAGCCGGGUCUCCAAUUCAUGUGGAGGGGAAGCGCUCGCAGCUCGAGCUAUUUCCAGCAGGAAACCCGCCACAAUCUGCCAAUGCUUCUCCCUUACCAUCUCCAAGCAAAUCGCCAGCCAGGACUCCGAUGACAAGACAACCAUGUUGCACAGCUUUGUACGAUUUCGAAGCAGAAAAUCCUGGAGAACUCGGCUUCAAAGAGAACGAUACGAUCACUCUGACCAGGAAAAUCGACGAAAAUUGGUUCGAGGGUACCUUGAACGGUCGUACGGGUUAUUUCCCAGUAACUUAUGUGCAAGUCGUAGUGCCAUUACCUUAAGGAGACGCAAUGCGUCUCGUAACCAAAGACCCUGCAUUCGUUCACCAGCGUUUACCAUGAGAAUUAUUAUCUUAUGCUCCGAAUAGCCUAAAAAUCUCUUUCAAGACUACUCUCUAUUGAAAUUACUUACGUUAAUGGUUCCCGCUUGUUCGAAACGGAUGGAUCUUCAUGUUUUACUCUAUUUACUUGUUUUAUUUUAUUUUAUUUUUUUUUUCCCCUCUUGUCCCCGAGGAUAGCUCUAUACGCAUGUUAAUGUACAUAUAUAAUGUUAUAGUGUCUUUUAUCGACGUAAGGACCUUCGCGCGCGCAGAUGCAUAUAUUAUAUAUAUAUAUAUAGGGUGUUCAAAUAUUCGCGAAACACUUUCAGAUUUCGAAGAGGCCAGAGAACGAAACUAAAAAGAGAAAGUUGAUGUGCAAAAAUGUCGGUUUAUAGAUUUAUUUGUUCGCGUUGGAUAAAGAUAGAGAGAGGCAGAGAGAGGUAGAGCUCGUUUCGCAUCAUUCAAUGGGACGCAUAAAUUACUUAUAACUUGACAAAUAAAUCGAUAAAUGAAUAAAAAUGAAUCGACAUUUUUAUAUAUGAACUUUUCGUUCGUUUUUCGAUCUUUAGAUUUUUUUUGAAAGUGCCCUACGAAUAUAUCAACAUCUUAAAUAUUACACACGACUUACACACUAUUGCGAUUAAGUAUGAAUACACGUAUACACGUAUACACGAGAGAUAUUAUACAUGUACACACAUAUUAUACGUCGUAAAGUACCUACGAUGGCAGUCCACUGUCAAGGGCGGCUCUUUUCUCAUUUUCUAUUAUCGUCUCAUCAUUCGUGUCAUCUUUGAAACAUUGUCCAUUAGUUUCCACACCAACGUUUGAUUGCACAAAGACGUCAGAGCGCCAAGACUGCAUUGAAAUUUUUUCCAAGGACGUUCGAAGUACUCUUUAACCUCAAGUGUUUCCCAUUUAUUGAAACGAUCUAUUUCAGUAAUCAUACUUAUUCAGUAGUACGUAACAAUCGUUGUGUCAUUUUUAUAGGUGGUGAUGAUCGAAUCUACUCGGAAUCAAGUUUUAAAGUUUCCGUUUCUCGCGAAUAGAAUUCCAAAACUUUCGAAACAAUUUUCUUUUUUUACAUUAAUCGUUCUUUUAUUUUCAUCUUUUCAUCUUUUACACGUUUGUUUUAAAAUUUUCGUUAAUUAUUCCUCACGUUUUUCAAGCGCACUGUUAUUGAUACGGAGAGAAAGAGAGAAAGAGAGAGAGAGAGAGAGAGAGAAAGAGAUAGAGCGCGUGAGAGGGAGAGUGAGAGAGAGAGAGAAAGAGAUUAUUCAUUGAAAUCAUAUUAUCCGUUUUGCGUUGGUCCGCACGGCGCAGCGAAAAAGAAACCAUACAAGUCGUAUUAUUAACGUAUUCGUACGUUGUAUAGUAAUUCGUUUCCAUUCCCUUGUCGUUUUUUCGACGUUUAUCUCGUAUCGUUUGUCGUUCUUUUUGAUCAUUUAGAAAGUGACCGAAUAGAAAUUUAGGAUUUAAUUUAAGUGAUCUUCAAAAUGGCGGCGAACCUCUUCCACGAAGUCGUCGAUUAUUAACAAGACGAAUAAUUAGAGAUGAUCCCCAUUCGUGUUUUCCAUUGUGACUAUUUCGAGUUGAUAAAUGACGUGUAACAAACGUAAUAUUUAAUUUAAUCGGUUAAUAAUUAAUUUAGAAAUCCUUUAUUUUCCUAUCGUGAUUAUAUAUCGCUUUUCAUCAUUUUUUUUCUUUGUUUUAUUUUUCUUUUUCUCCAAUCGAAUUCUUAUUUAUUCUUAUUAAACGAAUAUUAAGGAUAAAUUGCCGAUGAAAACGUGAAAUCUUCGGAAUGAAAUAAAAAUCUUUAUCAUAGAAAUCCUUAGUACUUAUUAAUUGUGUUUGCGGUUAGAGAUUUUUCGUUUCUAUCUUGGACUUUGUACGAGAGUUCAACCGCCAGAACAAUGAAAGUAAUUAAGGAAAUUGGUUAUUUGUUGCCACGUGGAUUUUAGGUAAAUCUUCAAACAAAAUAUUUGCUAAGCAUAAUAUUAUGAUAAUGUUAGAGUAUAUAACUUACUUAUUAUAUAUAAAAAAAAAAAUAUAUAUAUAUAUAUAUAUAUACACAUAUAUAUAUAUAUGUUGUCGAUGACGGCGACAACGGUGAUGACUACGACGAUGGCAUUAUUAUUAUUAUUGAUACUCGCAUAUUUUUCCAUUUACUAUUACGGUAAAAUAUUUACACGAUGGAAAACGUUCUUGGCCUUACCUUACAUUUCGAACCGUUCCAAUGGCAGUUUCGUAUAGUUGGUGUAUUUUAUGAAUUAAACGCGGCACCCUUGGAACAACGUUGCAAUACGAGUGGGUUUUACGAUCAUAAAUUUAUAAUUAAUAUAUACAUACACACACACACACACAUACUAGCAGCUCUAUCUGUCAUCUGUUAAGAAAUUAUUACGAAAUUAAUAAAAUCAAUAUUGUUAUAUAACAAUCGAUAUUAUUUACAAUUAUCGAUGUCGUAUUAAUUGUUCAGAAAUUAGGAAGCCUUUUUCUAUUUCUGCUUCUAUAUCUUAUAGCUAAAUGAACUUCCAGCUCGUAAUGUUUUACUUUACGAGCGAAAUUAGUAAAAUACUCAAAAGAGAGAAAAAAGUUAUAUUAUAUUUUAAUCUCUUUACGAGCCUGUCUUUCUAGCUUCUCACUCUCUCUGAUCACACAUCGAGCAGGGAUGAGAGGAGGAAUGCGGAGGAACUUGUUGUGUUGACCAGGGUUGAUAUUUAAAUGUUAGGCAUUCCCGUUCAAUUAUGAUCUCAAGUAACGUACAAAACACUGUAAUAUAUAUUUUCUUUAUUGUUAAACGAUAUACAAAAACAUGUAUAUUUAUUAAAUUGGAACGUUGUUCUUGGCGCCGUUUUAAAAAUUGUCAAGAAUGAAACUUAGGAUUGAUUUGCCGCGAAAAUGAAAAUCGUUGCAAGUUAUCAACCGGGGUAUUCGAUUGAUAAACCGUUACUGCUGCUACCGUCAUCAGCGUUCAGUCAUUGCGAAUACGAAACAGAAGAGGGAGAGAAAGAGAGAGAGAGAGAGAGAGAGAGAGAGAGAGAGAGAGAGAGAAAGUUUGAGGAGUUUAAAGAAGCAAGAGAAGAAGAGAUACAUUGAUAUAAUUUUAUCUAUCGUAUAAUUCAUUGUGAGGUGUAUGAAAAACAUUUUCCUGACAAAAAAAAAAAAUUGAAGUGUUAUCGAUGUUGUGCAAUAUUAAAAGUUUAACGUCACGCUGUUUAAAUGAUCAUGAUCGCUGGAUCAGUGUUUCUCAAAAGCACGAUCGAAUUGGAGAGGUAUAUUGAGGGUAUGCCAAGAGUACGUCAAAUUUCGUAGGAGGUAUAAAUAGAAAUUUUACCACCACCUGGUUUUCCCAUGUUGGAUGUCGACGGCGUAUUUUCGAAAAGGAAAAUUGUCAUGUAUUUUUCUUCUUUCGAGCAAUUUUUCGGGGAACAAAACUCUCGUUCUUUGUGAUUUUAUGACUUGGGGGCGGAUCGACGCGAAGAAAGAACGUAAUAAUCGUAGGCGAUUAGGUGCCAUAUGGAGGAACACACGAGGAGAUAUACUUCAUAGACCGAAAAUCGAAAAAAAAAAAAAAUAAUAAUAAUAACACGAAAACGUAACGAAGCCGAUAGGAAAGAAGUAAUAAGAUCAAUAUGAUUUUCGUAGCUCUAUAUAUAUAUAUAUAUAUAUACAGGUUGUGAUAGCCUUAUGUUCUUUCGAGCGUUAACCGUUGCUAGGAAUUUCGUCAAUUAAUAAGAAUUAACGAGGCGUGAGUUUCAUCUUCCAAAGCAUUGUCGAGAAUCAUUGAAAGAAGGGUAUGCAAUACAGUAAUAUACAAUACUGAAUAAGUAUAAUCAAUCAACGGGUAAUCAAAAGGGAAAAUCGCGUGACGAUUUUUGGGAGUCCUGUAACUUGCGUCCACGUGCAAACGAUAGCAAUAUAAGUAUCCUUUUGGAACGAGAGACAUAUCAUCGAGAUUAUUUUUCUUGCAAUUUUGAGAAACACUGUACUGGUACGUACAAAAUAUGUUUAAAUAAGAGAGGGGGAAAAGGAAGAAGAAGAAGAAGAGGAAGAAGAGGAAGAAGAAGAAGAAAGAGAAGGAAAGAGAAGAAGAAGAACGAAAAAAGAAAUCACGAGGGACUAAUUCUCGUCGCGUGAUAUUUAUUGUUGCCCUCGCGGACCUGUAACAGCGACCUCUGUCAACUAUAAGAAUAUAAUAUGAUCGACCGAUCGUGAAGGAAACAAAAGAAGAACGAGAUAAAACGAAUAACUUAAAGGAAAAAAAAAACAAAAAAAAAACAAAAAAAAGAAAAAAACAAAUCGGUAUCUUACUCUAUAAAUGUUGGCUAUUGUUAAAUGUUGAAUAUUGUUCUGCGGAGUGCUUGCCUCCUUUUCGAACGAUGAACCGACGUUACGAAUUUUCGACCGAAUCGACGAUUUCAAGGAUCAUUACUUUGAUUGAUGUUUUUAUUUCGUUUUUUUUUUUUUUAAAUAAUCGUUGUUGCCUUUCCUCUAUUUCUUUUCCUUUUUUUUUUUUCUUAAUUUUUAUGAACGAACGAGCUUUUCACAUGUUCCGUUUUAUAUAUAUAUAAAAUAAUAUUUCUCAUAGAAAUACGUUAUUUAUAUUGUAGAUAGAUUUACUUUUUACUAAACGUAUUUUUUUUAGUACACAAUGGAAGGAAAAGAGAAGGUAAUCGCUAUACACGAGCGCGUAGAGUCUCGUUCGAAGCGACAAGCUCUCCGCAUUUUAAUUGUAAUCUAACUAUUUCGGGGUCUGACAGACGUCGAAUCUAUCGCUCCCCGCAAUCACUGAGCAUCCUUGGUCCGGAAGAAUAGAAUUACGGACGCUAUUCCACCCUCCCUCCCCACCCGCCCCCUAUGUAUCGCUUAUUAUCUCGUUUCUUCUAUAAUACACGAAGCACACUUAUUUUUUUUCCCUUCCUUUCGUGUUUCUCGUAAUUCCUGCCCACUUAUAUUUUGUAAGCGUUAGAAUGUCUGGAAUCGAUCGAGAAACCCAAGAGGAAGCGAGGAUUAUUAAUUUUUCUUCCUUGAUCAUUGCACGCUUGUACUGCUCGGUUCUCGGUUUUUUCGAUUUUUUUUCUUUUUUUUUUCCCCCUCUAAUUCGAUCUCUGUCCCCGUUCCGUUCCCUUCUUGAUCCUUUGUUCCUGUUGUUCUUGACGAAACGCGAAGGGACGACCAGUGGAUGCAACGCAGUGAUACUUUCAGACAAUACAAUUACAAUUAAUUACACUUAUAUUAUAAUAAAUUAAUCUAUUAUUGAAACUCCGAUCGAAGAAGAAUAUACGAUAUGUACUCGAUAUUCGGUCAAUGCUAAAUAAUUAUUAUCACUAUAAUUAAGAAAUAAAGUGUGCUCUAUGUCAUGCUA